CUUCGCAUCAUGGCACUCAUGGAUUACCAAACUUUGGCUUCUUUUUCUUUUACCAACAACCAUCCAUUUCAGUCUAGAAGGCUACUUUAGUAAAUGCUAGGCUACAAUUUCCUUCAGAUAGUGUAUGUGGCGUGUUAAGGUUGCAUUGUCUACCAGUGAAGAGACAAAGUAUUUGAGGUCAUGGGGAACUUGGAGAGCGUUUGGUGGACUGUAAUUGACUGCGCCUGCAGGAUCUUCGGUGUUUCUACGGCAACAGUGUUGUGUGCUGUGGGAGUGGAGACUCUGCAUCAAGGAGAAUUCAACAGCCUUGGCAUCUAUUUAUUAGUGUCAUCUGUUGGCAUCAUGAUGUUUGAGUUGGCCUAUUUCCUGGAUACACUUCUGGUAAUGUGUCUGCCCUGUCCACCAGACUGGCAGCUGUUUGUGUUGUGGGGGAAGAUGGCUCAUGUCGGAGGUUUCCAUAAGUUCCUCUAUUACUCCAUAAUGUCAGUGGUCUGCUUCUUGCACCCAGUGUUGGUAUGGCAUGCCAUCAUCCCAGGGAUAAUGCUUCUGGUGACAGCACUUUUAAACUUUAUACUAAGCAAGAAAACAAAGCCCAAACCUCCAAAGAGGCCACAUGGAAGUCUCAGCGACCAAGGCCCGACCAUUGUCUGUGUGGCAGAAACUGCAGCUUCGAACAGCACAGACUCAUUCUUCCACGUGGUGACAGGAAGGAGAAGGGAGGGACCGGCUCUGGCAACCAGAGACCGCUGCCUCGGCCCGGGGGAAAGAGGAGAGAGUGUGCAGGCCAUGCUGGAGCUGGAGCAGACAGCAGCACCUAAAGGCACAGACAGGGAGAGGAGGUGGUGGAAAGAGGGGAGACUGAUAAGCUUCAGAGGCAGGGAGGAGCCUGUGGAGAGAGAGAUGGAGGAGAUGGAGGGAUACUGUGAGCCAGAGCCAGACACCACCUCAGACACUGCUCCUAUGAUUACUGACUGAACAUCCCUCUGCGCUCAGAUGGAGCUCCUUACUGCUAUCACACAAAGGAAAGCAUGUUUAAUGUAUUCAU